AUGGGGGCUGCUUUUAAAGAGGGAAGAUUGGAUUUAUUUCUGUGUGAACCAUCCAUGGAUGAUCCUGGGUCAAAAAAUAAAGACUUUAAGCCCAGCCAAAGACCUGCUCUCCAAGAGGCAGAGGAGAUUUCUGAGUUCAAGGACACUCAGAACAGUUUAUUUCAAAAUGGCAACAACUCACAUGCAAAGCAGGAACUGCAAAGACUCUAUAAAUCAUUUUACUUCUGGCUGCAGCCAGAAAAACACAGCAAGGAUGAAAUUAUUUUUCAAGUGGUCUUGGAACAGUUUAUGAUCAAUAGACAUUGCAGUGAUCGGUCUACUUUGAAGAAUAAAUGGGAAUCAAGUGGCAGGAACCUGGAGAAAUUCAUGGAAGAUCUGAGUGAUAGUUCUGUGAAGCCACCUGGCUUAGUCCACGUCCACAUGAAGGGCCAGGACGCCCUCUUUUCUGAGAAUAUGCCCUUAAGAGAAGUCAUCGUUCAUUUCAUGAAACAAUUGUCAGCAGGAACCCCAACAGAAGAGAACAUGGGGACACCCUCCUGGACUUCCCAAGAUACUUCCCUGGAAACAGGACAAGGAGAUAAAGCAAAUGGCUACAACAUUUAUCACAAUGACGGUACUACUAGUCAAGGCAAUGCAGUACCUUCCCUGUUCAUUGUCCAUGAGGAGGACUGUCCUCACCCUGAAGAGGACAGUGUUUCUUUGAAGGAUCUGCUCAGCCCUGGAAGACCGGGUCUAGGUACGUCCAAUUCCCAGGAAGGGUGCCUGCAAGGACGCCCAUAUCAAGAUGUCCUGAUGGAGGGGGCACCAGGGUUUCACUCUCGGUCAACCGCAGUCACCCCUGACCCUGUUUCUACCCACCAAAAAACCGAGGGGAAUUCCACAUGUGGGGGACACCAAGAAAGAUUCCGUGACGCCCAAAACUCCUACAGAUGUGAAAAAUGUCCCAGGAUCUUUAGGUAUUUCUCUCAGCUAAAAGCCCAUCAGAGAAGACACAACAAUGAGAGGACAUUCAUUUGUGCUGAGUGUAACAAAGGCUUCUUCCAAGCGUCAGACCUACACGUGCAUCAGAAGAUUCACACAGAAGAGAAGCCUUUCAGGUGCAGCACAUGUGAAAAAUCCUUCAGCCACAAAACCAACCUUCUGGCCCAUGAGAGAAUCCACACGGGUGAGAAGCCCUAUGUAUGUGCGCUUUGCCAGAGAAGCUACCGCCAGUCAUCCACCUACCACCGCCACCUGAGGACUCACCAGAAAAUUGCCGUCAAAGGUACUCCUUCCACAUCAGAAGCUUCCUCAGCUGUAGCCUCAGUGUAAUGCUAUGUGAAUAUGUAUGCAAAUACGUAUAUUUCCAUAGCACCUCCCUAUUUAGAACAUAUAAUUUCCUGAUUAUAUUUUCCAUUUAUUUUCUUCACUAAAAUGUAAGUUUAAGGAGGAAUUUCUGUUCGUUCACUGGAGUGUAUCUCAGGUGCCCAGAAAAGUGGCUGACAAAAAAUUCAAAUAACCAAUAAAUAACCUGCUGAAUA